CUUCUCUUCUGUCCAAUGGCUUUCCUGGACUUUCGAGGCGGGAGUGGGAGGGUCCAGAUUGUUAGUAAACGCCGAGCCACGUGCGGGCGCCACUCCUGGAGCCCCCGGGUGGGCGCGUGCGUACUGCGUACGCACCUCGUACGCAAGCGCGCGCUUCUGGGCGGAAGCAACAAGCCCCGGCUGCACGUGGGCUCCCGGGCUAUGGAGGGGGCAAUGCAGACUGAAUCGAAGAUUCGGGCUGAUUCUCGGACAGAGCCCGGCCCUAGGGGCCCCGGCUGUAGCCUCCGGCACUUUGCCUGCGAACAGAACUUGUUGUCCCGGCCUGAUGGCUCUGCCUCUUUCCUGCAAGGGGAUACCUCCGUCCUGGCCGGCGUGUACGGGCCAGCCGAGGUGAAGAUCAGCAAAGAGAUCUUCAACAAAGCCACGCUGGAAGUGAUCCUGAGGCCGAAAACUGGACUGCCUGGCGUAGCGGAGAAGAGCCGGGAGCGGCUGAUCAGAAACACAUGUGAAGCGGUGGUACUGGGAGCGCUGCACCCCCGCACCUCCAUAACUGUGGUGCUGCAGGUCGUCAGCGAUGCUGGCUCUCUCCUGGCCUGUUGCCUGAAUGCCGCCUGCAUGGCCCUGGUGGACGCCGGUGUGCCCAUGCGGGCCCUCUUCUGUGGGGUCACUUGUGCUCUGGACUCUGAUGGGACCCUCAUGCUAGACCCUACUGCUAAACAGGAAAAGGAGGCCCGGGCAGUCCUGACUUUUGCCCUUGACAGCGUGGAACGGAAGCUGCUGAUGUCCACCACCAAGGGGCUCUACUCUGACGCCGAGCUCCAGCAGUGCCUGGCUGCAGCCCAGACUGCCUCCACACACGUCUUCCGCUUCUACCGGGAAUCGCUGCAGAGGCGUUACUCCAAGAGCUGAGGCAUGCCAGGGCAGGCCGCCCCUCCCGCCACCUCCAGCGUCAAAGAAGCCAGCAGGCCGGCCCUGCCGAGAAAAGAGUGGCUAUAGCCGGCCCCCUGGGCAUGGGGGACCCCACCCCACUCCAGGAAGGCACUGGUAGGGUAGUGCAUUCACUGAA